GCUGGCCGUGCCUUUGAUGAGGCUGGAAAAAGAAUUUUUCAGAGGAUAAUGAAUAGCAUUGUCUGCCAUUCUGUGUUUGACAUCUUUACAAUGUUCAAUGUGUUACAUCGGCUAGUGAUCAAUUUUCCAUCUCAGCUGCAGAAAGGAGGGCAGGUCCGGUUGCUUAUUGUUGAUUCGAUCUCUUCACUAAUUACCCCGAUUCUUGGGAGCAGUGGUUCACAGGGACGCGCCUUGAUGAUAUCUGCUGGGUAUAUGUUAAAGAAAUUGGCACAUGAGCAUAAUGUUGCGGUACUGGUAAGUUUUCUCUUGGAUACAUGUUAUGCACAAUUCUCAGCUUAACAUAAUCCACAGGUGAACCACUGCCCUCUUAAAAUUAACAUAGAAAAGCUGUGGUUCUAUAAAGUUCAUUUUGACAUGUAGAAAAUAUAAUGUUUAUAAAUUUUUAAAGCUUGGAUCAGUUUCCAUUCCACUUCAAGCUUAUUUGCGUCUCCAUCAUCAUUUUGUUUAUCACGA